AUGGCUGACAUAACAGUAUUAACGUACAAAAUAUUCAUACUCGCGUGGAUUACAGCGCAACGACAACGGAUCCACGACAAGACAGCAUCGCGUACUUCUUGGGACAGUAACUAUGAUUUCAUAGUAGUGGGCGCCGGGGCUGCCGGUGCUGUAGUGGCCAACAAACUCAGUGAAAAGCCAUCGGUUCGGGUGUUGCUGUUAGAGGCCGGUGGCCCACAAAAUGCUGUAUAUAAUGAUAUACCAGGAAUGGGUGGUGAGGGCAACCGUUUGCGGGUAAAUGAAUGGUUGUAUUAUAACGAACCCCGAACUGGGUUUGGACAACAAUACGCCGGCGGUCGGGCACCCGAUCACAAGGGAAAAACGUUGGGCGGCAGUACAGCGCAUAACGCCAUGGUAUUUAAUCGGGGUAAUAGUCGUGGUUAUGACGAGUGGGCCAAUACGUACGGCGCCGUCGGUUGGAGUUAUAGGGAUGUGUUGCCGGUGUUCAGGGAGUGGGAGAACAAUACAGAUCCAGAAGUAAAUCCCGAAUAUCACGGAACUCGAUUUAAAGACACUGAUAUCAAUGGACCGAAACAAUUGGGAACUAUGUUUACGCAAUCAUUUAUCACUGCUCAGGGCUUUAGGGCGGAUACGGGUAACGCAUUUGUAGACCCGAACCCAUAUCCAGAUAACCUGCAUAUAGUGUGCAAAGCAUUGGUCACUAAAAUACUAACCAAUGGGUUGACAGCCAUUGGCGUCGAGUUUAUAGUAAAUGACAUCUCGUAUACGGUUUACGCCAACAGAGAAGUCAUUGUUUCCGGCGGUGCUAUUAAUAGUCCACAACUCCUAAUGCUAUCGGGUUUGGGACCCAAAAGACAUCUGCAAAGUCUGGGAAUACGUGUAGUACGAGAUCUACCGGUUGGUGACAAUUACCAGAAUCAUCCGGCAAUCACUGUCGCUGUAACCACAAAACCCGAGUACAUAAACCUAACGGACAGAGUGGCCGCCUUAACCACUGAACAGCUUAGUCUACUAUAUUUCAACCAAUCGGGUCCAUUGGCCAGUUCCGUGUCGUGUGCCCUACACUACAACACCCCUAAUAAUGUGGACAAAGAGUGGCCAAACGGCAUACUCUAUGCCUCGACAGCUAACGACACGUUUAUAAUGUACACAAAUUUAGGCAGAUUUAAAAGCACCGGCACUUUGCGCCUACAGUCCACCAGUCCUUACGUACCCCCAGUAAUAGAUGCCAAUUGGUUCGCACAUCCCGAUGAUCGGCAAGAUGUGUUGGAUGCCACCAUGCUCAUAUUUUAUAUACUCGAGCGCUCGAGCUUUGCUCAAUACUUACAAAUAACUUCCGACUUGUUUGGGGCCAUCGGUUGUCCCGUUUGUCCCGACAAACAGUAUUUGUAUAAAUGUGUGGACGGAUUGAAGUGUUUUGUGAGUUACUAUACGGAGUCGGGUUAUCAUCCCGGGGGAGGUUGUCGUAUGGGAGCGAUAGAGAGGCCGGACGUUGUGGUCGACCCCCAGUUGAGGGUUAAGGGUAUUAAAAACCUUCGGGUUUGCGAUUCAUCGGCAUUUCCAGUGCUUCCCAACUCUAACACCGCUUCGGCCUCUAUAUUGGUUGGCUAUAAAUGUGCCAAAUAUAUUGUAAAUCAGUAUAAUUUAUAA